GCUAGCCCUUCCCGGGGCCAAAAAAGCCUCUGAGCUCAGUUUAGCCCGCAGGACAGGACCGGCGGCGGAGGAGGUCAUGCUUUGAUUUCGAAAUGGUUGAGCCUCUACGAUCCAGGGAAUCUCAAUGCUGGAUUUAAGGGCUACGUGAAGGUCACCCUUUGUGUCCUGGGAGCUGGAGAUCGUGUGCCGGAUUUUGACCAGCCAGCAGAGACCAGUGAUUUAGAAUCCAAUCUCCUGCAGCUGGCAAGUGUUCCAGCUGCACGCACUGUCUCCCUCCAGCUGUACAUCUACCGAGCAGAAGAUGUUCCACAAAUACAAGAUGGCACAGUGACACCUUUCACCACCUUACCUGUGGAUCCUCUCAUCAUCUCUGUGGACCCUUCUCUGGAAGUUAAUUUCGCAGGGCGAGUGCUAAGGACCAAAGUCAUUUUGGGAGACACCAACCCUGUGUGGAACCAGGUGCUCUGUUUUCCCAUGCAGUUGCCAUCUAUUUGUGAUCUCAUUAAACUCACUAUUAUGGAUGGGGCAGAAGAAGGAGAUGGUGUUGUUUUGGGCACCGCCUUCCUCAGCCUUGCCCAGAUCUCUUGUGCAGGAGCUGAAACAAAAAAAGAGGCCUCGGGCUUCUUGCCUUCCUUUGGACCAAGCUUUCUCACCUUCUACGGAAGCCAACAGGAGCUUCUGAAUCCAGCCGAAACUCCUGAGAGACGUGGGAUUCAGGCGGAAGAAGGGACCACGUAUCGUGGAAGAGUUCUUCUGGAGCUGCGGACUAUCAGGGAAACAAUCCCGAUUCAGAAAAUUGAUAACAUUCCUGGAGAAACUGUUAAAAAGAUGCAGUAUUUCUUGCCUCAGUUCCGAUAUGGUCUAUGUGUUGUAUUUUACUCUGCUACCAUGUUGGCUGAUAUCACGGAACCGAUCCAGUUUGAGGUCAGCCUAGGAAACUAUGGGAACAAAUUUGAUGAGACUUGCAAACCAUUUGCUUCCACUACUCAGUACUGCCAUGCUGUCUAUGAUGGUAAUUUCUACUAUUACCUACCGUGGUAUGAUACUAAACCCAUGGUGACCAUCACCUCGUUCUGGGAGGAUGUUAGCUACCGCGUUGCCUGCACAAACACUCUCCAGUUCAUUCAUGACAGGCUGAAAAAGAAUCUGGAUACUCUUAAAGCCAUCCACCAGCCCCAUGACCCAUCAGUGGCUGUGGUUUGGAAGAAGCUGCAGAAAGAUUUGGUCGAAGACUGCAAGAAACCUUUGCCAUCCCCGGACAUCCAGAAAGCUGUGACUGUCCUCGAUAAACAGCUGUGGAAACUAAGGGUUCGUGUGCUUCAUCAAAUCAGCAAAGCUGCAGAGAAAACCAGCUGGAAAACCCCCUUGCACAAACUCAUCCCAAAAGUUGAGGGUUGGCUGAAUCGGAUUGCUUCCAUCGCAAUUGAGACUCAAAUCAGUAUCCCAGAUGUGGUGAUCUGGAUGCUGUGGGAGGACCGACGGGUGGCCUAUGCCAGGGUGAAGUCCCAGUCCAUCAUGUUCUCCAAAGAUGGCCCCUAUGCCAAAGGCAGGCUGUGUGGCAAAACCCACACCCUCUUCCUAAAGGAUAUGCAAAGCAAAAUGAAUUACAACCCCAUCCCCGCCAUGCUCCGGGUUCGAAUGUGGAUGGGGAGGAUGGCCGACUGCGCACACUUCAUGAGAUGUUGCGAAGGGAGGAUUGCGGUCUUUGCAGAAACGUAUGAAAACCAAAAGAAGACCCACGGAAUUUGGGGAGUCAUGGAUCUUAUGCCACACCCCAACUUUUCAGAUGUGACUGGACAGGUCAGCCUCCCCAGAGACAAGUUCCAGCUACCCACUGGUUGGCAAUGGGAUGGCGAAUGGGCUGUAGAACCCCAAAGGAGGCUCUUGCUGGACAAAGAGACUAACCAUUCCGAAGUGAUUCAGGAAGUUUAUGAGAACCAGAAUCGACAGCCUAGCCGUCAGUGGAAACCAGCCAAGAUCCCUUACAGCAAUGCGAGUGGUGAUCCUACUCCCCGGAAAGAAGACAUCUUGUGUCCUCCUGGAUGGAUCUUUGUAGAAGAAUGGAAAGUGGAGUUGAACCGGGCCGUGGACGAUGCUGGGUGGGAGUAUGGUAUUGUCAUCCCUCCUGCUGAGUUUCCGCACUUCUGGAACGCUGCUGAGAAGACCUACCACACGCACCGGCGGCGACGUUGGCUCAGGAAGCGUUUCCGGAACCUUGGCAGGGAGACUCAACAAAACCAGAUGGCCGCUUUCCUCCAGCUGCACUCGGAGGUUAAACCAAAAGUGGAGGUCUGGGAAUAUGCUCCUCUCUACGGCUGGAGGUUCCACCUCCAGAGACAACCAGAAGAUGUUUUCCGGCGACGCUGUUGGCGCAGGAAGCUCACUCCGGUGGCACCCAGCCUUGUGGCACCCAUUUUCUACUUGGAAGGCUCCUUGGGCGUGGAGAUUGGUGGCCAACUGAAAAAGAACAAAACUGAAGCAGGAAAGAAAGAUGAAAAAGAGGAGAUCGAAGUAGAACCCCCGGCUUCCCAAGGCCUUUUGAAGAUGAACACCCCUCUUCUCUUCUGCGUCUUCAAGAGUCCAGUGUACUUCCAGUUGCGCUGCUACAUGUACCAAGCCAGGGAUCUCCUGCAAAGCAUUGUGAAAGGGACCGCAGAUCCUGUGGCCCAUGUCUCUUUCCUUCAUAUGAGCCACUGCACCCACAUUAUCAAUGGCACGCUGCACCCAUGCUGGGAUGAGACCCUUCUCUUUGAAGACAUUUUGAUUUAUGGAGAGCCUCAUGGGACGGCGGAGGAUACCCCCAUAGUGGCAGUGGAGAUCUUUGACUAUGAUUCAAGUGCCCAAUCCAAUGACUUUAUGGGAAGAUGCAUCUGCAUUCCAAUUGUGUGCCUGGAUCUCAAUUCACGAAAGAUACCCCGUCUCCAGAAGCAUCCUAUCACCAUAAACGAAGAGGAGAAUGGUUAUCUCAUGGCUGCUUUUGAGCUUCUCUUGGACAGGAAGGAUGGAUCCAUGGGGAAACUUCCACCUCCUACUUGGAAAGAUGGCGUAUACACAAUCCCCAAAGAAAUCCGGCCCAUUUUGCAGCUGAUGGCUGUGGAGAUUCUUGCCUGGGGUCUUCGCGACAUGAAGAAUUACAAACUGAUGGUUGUGAACAACCCCAGCCUCAUUGUAGAGUGUGGAGGAGAGUCCAUUCAGACAACAACCAUCAGGAACCUCCAGGAAUACCCAAAUUUUUCAAUCAACAUCUAUCUCAUGAAAGUGUACCUGCCUGUUGACGAAGAUUAUUCUCCUCCCAUUGAACUGAAGGUAAUUGAUCACCGCGAUUUUGGAUAUAAGCCAGUGGUGGGACAAGCAACGGUGAGAUCUCUGAGUCAAUAUUACUGCAAUCCAUUAGAAGAAACCAAAGUCCACAACUUACCGCCCAGAGUCACUAAAAAGGUGAAGAUGAAAAAGAGAUGGAGCAGCUUUAAAUUAUGGUCAUGGAGGAAAGAGAAAGAAAAGAAGACCGAUGAAGAGGAGGAGGAAGAAGAGGAAGAAGAAAUUGAUUGGUGGAGCAAAUACUAUGCCACAAUGGGAGAUUUAUCAAAGAGCGGACAUUACCUGGAAAAGGGAUAUGAUAGCAUAAAGAUCUACAAUUGUGAAUUGGAAGAAGUUCCUGAAUUCCAUGGUCUCCAGGAUUUCUGUCAGACCUUUCCGCUGUACCGGGGGAAAGUCCAAGAUGAGGACCCUAUGGUGGGGGGAGAAUUUAAGGGGCUUUUCCGGAUUUAUCCUCUGCCAGAAGAUCCCAGAAUUCUACCUCCACCACGUCAGUUUCAGGAGCUUCCGGACAAUGUCUCCCAGGACUGUCUGGUUCGCCUUUAUAUUAUCCGAGGUUUUAAUCUCCAGCCGAAAGAUCGCAAUGGAUUGUGUGACCCGUACGUCAAAAUCAAGCUAGGGAGAGAAAGGAUGGAUGACCGAGAAGAAUAUAUACCCAACACCCUGGAUCCUGUGUUUGGAAGAAUCUAUGAACUCACAUGUACCAUCCCAUUAGAAAAGGACCUGAAGAUCUCAUUAUUUGAUUUUGACCUCUUUUCACCUGAUGACAUAGUUGGGGACACCACCAUAGACUUGGAGGACCGGCUCAUGUCUCAUUACGGGGCCAACUGUGGGCUGCCACAGACUUACUGUGUGACUGGCCCCACACAGUGGAGAGAUCAGCUUCUUCCAAGUGAACUCUUGGAAAAUCAUACUCAGGCCAAAAGCUUGCCUCAGACGGUGAUAAGUGAAGAUGGAACCAAAGCUGUUUUCAUGGGGAGAACUUACCUGCUCUCUGACUUUGAGACCAAUAUAGCUUCACAUGGACAUCUGGGACCUGCCAAAGAACGUAUGGCCCUCCACCUUCUCCGGACAUGUGGUUUGGUCUCUGAACACGUAGAAACUCGCACCCUCUAUGACCCAGCUCUACCUGGAAUUGACCAGGGAAAAUUGCAGAUGUGGGUGGACAUCUUCCCACUCUACUUGGGUGACCCAGGACCUUCUUUUGAUAUCACCCCACGGAAGCCCAAAACAUUCGAACUCCGCUGCAUAAUUUGGAACACAAAAGAUGUGGAUCUGGAAGAUACCAAUAUCUUUGGAGACAAGAUGAGUGACAUCUACGUGAAAGGAUGGCUGGACGGCCAGGAAGAAGACAAGCAAAGAACUGAUGUCCACUAUAGGUCCUUGGCAGGAGAAGGCAACUUCAACUGGCGAUUCAUAUUCACGCUGGAUUAUUUGCCUAUGGAGCAAGUUUGUGUCCUCACUAAAAAGCAACAUUUUUGGAGUCUGGAUGAGACCAUGCAGAAGGUACCUCCAAAACUUAUCAUCCAGGUGUGGGAUAAUGAUAAAUUCUCAGCUGACGAUUUCAUAGGCAAUCUGGAAAUGAACUUAACCAGCAUCCCACGACCUGCCAAGCGGCCUCGGGAUUGCAGUUUGAAAGUCCUGCAGGACGAUAGCGGGAAGGCCAGCUCGUCCACUCCUUUUCGCCGACGGAAACAAAAAUGCAUUUCCCUCUUCACCCAAAGGAAUAUGAGAGGCUGGUGGCCCUGCAUCGUCAUUGAGAAAGACAAGCCGCGAGUGUCCGGUAAGAUUGAAAUGUCUCUAGAGUUGCUGACCGAUCUGGAGGCCGACGAGUUUCCAGCUGGGAGAGGAAGGGAAGAACCCAAUGCAAACCCCUUUCUGAAGCCACCAGAGAGGCCGGAGACCUCUUUCCUAUGGUUCACAGCCCCCUUAAAGAGCAUUCAUUUUAUUGUAUGGCAGAAGAGUAAAUGGAAGAUCCUAAUUUUGAUCUGCAUCCUGCUGGUGAUCUGGCUGUUCAUCGAUUUCAUCUACUCAGCGCCAGGUUAUCUUGCCAUGAAGUUGGUCAAUCCAAUGAAAUUACAUGGUCCAUCUUGGCCCAAGCAGUCUCUGAAGAAUAAUAUUAACACAAGCGUUCAAAUAGCAUGGACAACCUCAGAAAUAAUGCAUACAAUUUCAACAGUGUCAUUGCCACCAGCAUCUUCCAAGAAAGGACCACCAGGAGCUCCCAGGAAAGGACCACCAGGAGCUCCCAAGAAAGGACCACCAGGAGCUCCCAAGAAAGGGCCACCAGGAGCUCCCAAGAAAGGACCACCAGGAGCUCCCAAGAAAGGACCACCAGGAGCUUCUAAGAAAGGGCCACCAGGAGCUUCCAAGAAAGGACCACCAGGAGCUUCUAAGAAAGGGCCACCAGGAGCUUCCAAGAAAGGACCACCAGGAGCUUCUAAGAAAGGGCCACCAGGAGCUCCCAAGAAAGGACCACCAGGAGCUGUCAAGAAAAAGCCUCCAGCAGUUCCCCAAAAAGUGCCAACGACAUCUCUCAAGAAAACAUCAUCAGCAACUAAACUUCCAACAACCAUGCUGAAGAAAGUAUCAACAACAUCUCUGAAGAAAGGUCCACCAACACCACUGAAGAAAGUGCCAACAACUCUGAAGAAAGUAAAACCAACGACUCUGAAGAAAGUGAAGCCAACAACUCUGAAAAAAGUGCCACCAUCGACUCUGAAGAAAGUGUCACCCACCGCCUCAAAGAAGCCAUUUGCUAAGAAAACACCAAAAGCAACUGUCCCAAAGCCACCACAACCAACUACCAAGAAAUUAGGGCCAACUUCUCCCAAGAAAAACCCAGCUUCCCCCCCCAAAGAAUUCCAACUCCUAAAAAUAGAUUGAUAAC